AUGGAGAUGCUAAUGGCAGCUGGCCUUGGGGCCAAAGAGCUCUUCUCCUACAACCGGGAGAAUUUCAAGUUUGAUCAAGACCAAAGAAUUGAACGAGAGACCCUUCGGCUGGAGAUGCAGGUCAAGCGCUUCGAGCUCUUCCGGGAGGACGUGCGCGACCUGGUAGAGCUGACGGUGGACCGCAUGGACGUGUAUCACUUGGUGGGUGCCUUGUUCUUAGAGUUUUGCAUCGUGCUCUUCUGUGAGGGUCGAGUGCAGGCUUCUGCUCCCCCAUUCUUGCUGUCAUUAUUCCUUCUGUCCAAUGCUUGUGCCUUUAUCUACCUACUACUGGCGGUGUGGCUGAGCAUGCACGCCUCCAUUGCAUCCCACAGCUUCGGGGUGCGCCUGCUGACGCGCUUCGUGCGCCUGCCCAUUCCCAGCAUGAAGCAGAUUGCAGGGCUCCGGAGCAAUUUGAAGGACUACGAGCAGCAAGGUGUUGCCAAUCUGCUUCGUCUGCCUUUUCAGGAUCGGCAGGAGUGGCAGCAGGUGCACGGCGAGCGCGAGAAAGUUCCCGAGACUCCAGAGGCAGAAGCCCAUCCGACGGAUGUGGACAAGGAUCUGAAAGAGGGGCCCAAGAUACCUUUGAGGCGCCACGAAGCCCCAACAACCUUCGGAAAGCCAGACGUCCAGCUUUCGGGAGCUUCGGCUUCAGUGGGUUCAGUGGCUUCAGUGGCCCCACCUUCCGGCCUCACCUCAGGGCAGAAUCUUCUGCCGGAGAUGGAGGAGACGGUUAUUGGAGGUGAGGAUCUGCUCGCUUGCUCAAAAGGAGCGCAGCCAGAACGCCAUGUGCAGCUCUUUCGACAGCUGCAGUCCAAGUGGCAGUGCUAUGACGCCUACUGCAGGGUUUGCAUGGGCUUGGGCGUCAACCAGAUUCUGCAGGGCCUCAGCUACUACUGCAUCUGUCACACAUUGGUGGAGAACCACUCUCCGACGACCGGCUACGCUUUGGUAACGCUGUUUCAGAGCACGACCAUCGCUUUGGCUGUUUUGGACUUGGCCGGUCUGAGGAGACGGGAGAUCCUGGCUGUGCAGGUGGUUGGCAUCAUGCCCUGCCUGCUGACUGCCUGGGGUGUUGCACAUGGCCACCGCAUUGAGGGUGGUGUGCUGGAUCCUGCGCAGACCUACAUGCUGUCGCCCCUGAGCUUUCUCUGCCAGGUGCUCUGGUUGGAGCUUUGGCUUCGUGUUGCGGCUCCGCACGGCGAUGACCAGGCAAAGCUGCCUCGGCGAUUUCGGCAGGUACUGUUUCUGGACGUCUUUGGGGACUCUUCGGGCUGGGACCCGCAUGCGGACGGCAACAAUUGCGAGGAUGACAUCAUCGAGGGCGAGAUGUUCAGGCAGUUGGGGGUCAAGGAGGAGAAGGAUGCAGAUGAAGAGGCCGAGGAGGCUUUGCUUGCUGCGGCCCAAAGGGCCGCCUCGCAGCUGACCAUGGCCCAGUGCGCCACCCGACGCUGGAACGCAGCACCCUCCUGGGCGCUGUCGAAGCAGCAGUCGAAGGAUCUUGAGGCAGUACAGGAUCAGCUCAAGAACUGGGGCAGCACGAUUUGCACGGAGCUGGAGCGGUGUUGUCGAUUGAAAGGGGUUACAGAGGCACUCCGCAACCUAGAACGGGAUUUCCGGCCAUGGUCCGAGCUCUCUUCCGAAGAGCGGUCUGCGGAUCCUUUUGCCGGCUGCCUGGUGGGCCCUUUUGAGCACGAUGAAGGGUACAGGACGUCCUGCUACCACUUCGAAAUCGAGUCACGGCGAACUCUUUUUGAAGAUGCGGCGCGAGAGUGUCCCGGCGCACUGGUCCUGUCCCUUGAAGCUGUCCGAGCCAUCAUGAAGGAUCUGGAGGAUGCUGCCCGCAGCCUUCUGGAACAGCGGAUCAUGUCAGACUUGAGAAUCACGAUGCAGCGCCGCCGCCUGCAGAGUGAGCUUAAGGCGAAGAAAAACAAGCAGAAUAAGCGCCACGCCUCCCGCAAUGCGCCUCCUCCGCAUACUGCCGCGGGCUCUGGGGUGACGAGAGGGCAGUUCCCAAAUCUGAUCACUCUCUUCAAGACCCGUCUGCACCAGCGGGGAGAGGAUCGGGAGGCCAAUGCUGAGCUGCUCCGAUCUCGCUCAGAUUCACACGACGAGACAAUGGAGGCGGGCGCCCAAGCCGCUCAGGCAUCUCAAGCAGUUCCAGCAGCUCAAGCAAGUGCGGCCGACCGUGACCCAGGCAGAGACCCCACACUGGUGGCCAUGGCAGGCGCGAACGCCCAGCACUUCGUGCCAGAAAAACUUCCGUGGCAAGUGCUCCGCAACAUCACACGCGUGUUGCAAGUAUGCUGGCUGUGGUCUGGUCUCAUGGCUUUCCUGAAGGAAGUUCACAUCUACCAAGUAGAUUUUCAGCAGCACCCGGCCCACGAGCGGAGGCUCUGCGAGGCCAAGAUGACUUGGAGCUUCGAGCAUCUGGAGGUCGAAUGGCCGCAUGGAAUCUUUUUCCGACCUCAGGGCCUGCUGUGCCCUUCCUCCGGGCUGUUUCACGUGGCGAGUCCCUUUGCAGUCUACGCGGGCGUGGCCCAAGACGAAAGCACCACGCUGCGAUUGGACGAGGUCUGGCGUGGCCGGUUGCCUUCAAUCGGUGCAGCCUGCGCCGGUGGCUUCGCCCACUGCCUCCUUCUGUCGCCCGCAGCAGACCGCAUCGAGGUCUGGCAUCCAGGGCAUGCUCGCGCGGCCCUUGCGCUCGCCGGUCAACCGCCGUGGUUGCAGGUGACCGGCAGCAUCACAAGGUGCGAACAGCUGGCCACCUUGCUGCCACAGGGGUCCUUGACGGACUGGUGCUUGCUUCUUGCAGGUUGGGAUGGCCGCCUGAUUCCGGUGGCUGCAGUUCCGCUACCUGACGAGCUUGGGCUUGGUGUGCCUGAGCCCACAAAGCUGCAACCUGGCCUGGAUGCUCCGCUGCAAGAUCCGUCUAAGGCGGUUGCAGCGUUGCACAUGGAGCAGCGUGGGGUUCUUUGGGCGCUUCUUUCCACAGGCGAUGUGGAGUCCUGGGACCUUCUGACUUCCCACAGCUUCGGUCGCUGGAGGGCGAGCUUUGCAGAUUCCGCGAGUUUCCAGCCGAUUGCCAUGUGCAAGGACCCCAGCUUGGGAUAUUUGGUUCUUGGGCGCAAUGUCACUGGAGGCGGUGCCGUCCUUGUAAGGGCACGGCCAGAGGAGCAGAGAGCCUCGCUUGCCACGCCUGUUUAA